GUUGAUGGCAGCGGCAGCUGGGACUGCGGCGACGCCGGGCCCCGGAGAGCCGCAAGCAGCGGCCCGAGCGCGCAGAGGAACGCCCGGGCCCCAGACGCCGCGGACACCCGGAGAGGCAGUUCCGGCACCCUGACUCCCUCGGCCUCCAGCGCACCCCUAGCCCCCUCAACAGAGGAGUCGCAGAGUGAGCGCCCCUCGGCCCACUCAGGACCAGCUCACAGGACUAAGGACCAAAGGCACUUCUGGGCACUGAGAUCCUCCAUUUCUACCCACCGCCAUGAGCCGGCGUGUGGUUCGGCGGAGCAAGUUCCGCCAUGUGUUUGGGCAGGCGGCAAAGGCUGACCAGUCCUACGAGGACAUCCGUGUGUCCAAGGUCACAUGGGACAGCUCCUUCUGUGCCGUCAACCCCAAAUUCCUGGCCAUUAUUGUGGAGGCUGGAGGUGGAGGUGCCUUCAUUGUCCUGCCUCUGGCCAAGACAGGACGCGUGGAUAAGAACUACCCACUGGUCACUGGGCACACUGCUCCUGUGCUGGACAUCGACUGGUGCCCACACAAUGACAACGUCAUUGCCAGUGCCUCAGACGACACCACGGUCAUGGUGUGGCAGAUUCCAGACUGCACCCCUAUGCGCAACAUUACGGAACCCAUCCUGACACUUGAGGGCCACUCCAAACGUGUGGGCAUCCUCUGCUGGCACCCCACUGCCCGGAAUGUCCUGCUCAGUGCAGGUGGUGACAAUGUGAUCCUCAUCUGGAAUGUGGGCACUGGGGAGGUGCUCCUGAGUCUAGACGACAUGCACCCGGACGUCAUCCACAGCGUGUGUUGGAACAGCAAUGGUAGCCUGCUAGCCACCACCUGCAAGGACAAGAACCUGCGCAUUAUCGACCCCCGCAAGGGCCAGGUGGUGGCGGAGAGGUUUGCGGCCCACGAGGGAAUGAGGCCCAUGCGGGCCGUCUUCACGCGCCAGGGUCAUAUCUUCACCACGGGCUUCACCCGCAUGAGCCAGCGAGAGCUGGGCCUGUGGGACCCGAACAACUUCGAGGAGCCAGUGGCACUGCAGGAGAUGGACACGAGCAACGGGGUCCUACUGCCCUUCUACGAUCCCGACUCCAGCAUCGUCUACCUAUGCGGCAAGGGCGACAGCAGCAUUCGGUACUUUGAGAUUACCGACGAACCACCUUUCGUGCAUUACCUGAACACGUUCAGCAGCAAGGAGCCUCAGAGGGGCAUGGGUUUCAUGCCCAAGCGGGGGCUGGACGUCAGCAAGUGUGAGAUCGCCCGGUUCUACAAGUUGCACGAAAGAAAAUGUGAGCCCAUCAUCAUGACUGUGCCCCGCAAGUCAGACCUGUUCCAGGACGACCUAUACCCAGAUACUCCCGGCCCCGAGCCGGCCCUAGAAGCGGACGAGUGGCUAUCUGGCCAGGACGCCGAACCCGUGCUCAUCUCGCUGAGGGACGGUUACGUGCCUCCCAAGCACCGCGAGCUCCGGGUCACCAAGCGCAAUAUUCUGGACGUGCGCCCUCCCGCCGGCCCCCGCCGCAGCCAGUCGGCCAGCGACGCCCCCUUGUCGCAGCAGCACACUCUGGAGACGCUGCUGGAGGAGAUCAAGGCCCUUCGCGAGCAGGUGCAGGCCCAGGAGCAGCGCAUCACGGCUCUGGAGAACAUGCUGUGCGAGCUGGUGGACGGCACGGACUAGUGCGGCGCGCGGGGGUCAGCUCCGAGCCUGGGGCGGGGGGCGGGGGGCGAAGCCGGGCGGGGAGCAGGACUCGGCCCCGCCCCGGCUUUUGGUCCGGAGCCCCCGACCCCGCCUCUCCGGGCUGGGGCCGGGGACGCGACUGGGAAGGGAACUCCUUGCCCUCGCGGGAGGCCUGGACAAACGGAGCGUCGCGGAGACUCGCGUCUGCCUGGCGCCCGUCUGGCCACGUGCCUCGUCCGGGACUCAGCAGGAGCUGGCCUUGGGAGGCCCGGGGUGACGGGGACCUCAGCAAUGGUGCUGCACGGCGAGGCGGGGUCCCUUCUGUCUCCCGCCCGGGGCAGGGGAAGUGCUUAGUAUUAGCGCUGUUCUUGGGGGUGUCGGGGAGCUUGGGCUUGAGCUCAAAGGGGUGGCGAUGCGAUGGGUCUCGCCAGACCGAUUGGGGAAAGUGACAACGCUUGUCCCCCUAAUCAGCUCACUUGAUUCCGCUGCCCGAAGUGGUAAACCGGAUGGCCGUCACCCUAGUUCCACAGACAUACACA